AUGUAAUAAAUAUAUUAAAAUCCUCGAGUUUAAAUAGGGAAUAAUGAAAAUAAUAUAAUUAAUCAGUAAAUAUUUUAAUAUUAUAGCAACUUUUAACCUUAUGAAGAAAACAAAUUAAUUAAUAUUAAGAAGUUUUAGUAAUAGAUAGAUUUAAAAUAAUUAACAGAUUGUUCAUAAAAAGUUAAAGGGCGUUCAAAAGGAAUAUCCUUUAGAAUUUUUAAUUAAAAUGAGGAUCUAUUUGUAUCAGGUAGUUUCGAUAGAUCAAUUAAAUUCUCAGUCGAAUAGAAUAAAAGGCCAUUCUAGUAAACAAUAAAUUUGUAUAAAUGGCAUUUUAACCAUUUCUUGCAUAUGAAUUCUAAUUUAAAAAUGCUGUAUAUUUAGCCAACUUCUGAUAUUGAAGUUUUCUCUUAUUUUAGUAAAACGUUUCAAAUUAAUUCACUUACUUAUCAUUUAUUCUUAUAAUUCAAUAUCUUUAUUUAUAAUUGA